AUGACCACCUCAUCUUCUCAUUCUUUCCCCAUGGGAGUACCUCCACCAUCUUCUUCUUUAUCUACCUCUGUCAAAUUUAAAACCCUAAUUUACAACUUCAUCUUCUCCCGCAUAUGUCGACUCACUCGUGCCCUCACGAACGCUAAGUCCAUCCUCGUUGAUCUCCUCAGAGAAACGCAUCUCAACAAUAUCAAAUUCUUGGAACCGUUGAUCUUGAAGCGAAGCAAAAACAAGAACAAGGUUUAUUUCGGUUCAUUUAGGUUGCACUACAACUGGUGCUCGUCUCAUGUGGUUCCGGUGACGUCACCUGCAAUGCAAGAUGCGUAUAACCACCAUGAGUAUUACGAUUCCACCUGGAAUUCGUACGUUGGUCAUGAGACGGUGACGGAGUCGCAACUGUCUGGGUACCUCCAUUGGCUUGAGGAAAAGAACAAGGGUGAUCGUGGUGUUGAUGAGAUCGACGAGAUCGACCUUCUUGCGGACAAAUUCAUAGCAAAUUGUCAUGAGAAGUUUAGGUUGGAAAAGCAAGAAUCGUACAGAAGAUUUCAAGAGAUGAUGGCUAGAAGUAUAUGAAUUUAAGGGUUUGUUUUAGUUGCUUUGUAAUAGGGUGAUUUGUAGGUGUGAUGGUGGUAUAAUUGACACAGUGAGUUCAUCUUUUUCGUAAAGUUUGGUUUGAUUCUAGAUUGAAACUUUAAGGAACUGGUUUGGAGUUAUGUAA